CUGGCAAAAGUGAUUCAGUUUAUUUUCCAUACUAAACAAAUACUAUUUAUAACCAAAACCCCAGAAAAGGUAUGCCAAAUCGCUCAAAUGAGCGUUGGUUUGUUAUAAUAACACUGGCAUCAUGGAACUUAAUCAGCGGUUUCGGGUUUUAUGCCUACAUUCUCGAUUGUUAUGUAAACUAUCCGCCUGAUCACCGGAAAAGGAAGUUCAAAUAUCACACUUUUCCCGGAACUAUUGACUACGAUGUUGUUAUAGGCAUUACUGUCGUAAUGCUUUGUCUGAUAUUAUCCUCUAUACUGUUGUGCCUGGCAUUAAAUGAGUCCAAAAGAAUAUGUUUAAUUUACGGAAUUUGUAUUAGCAUGACUUUUCCCUGUGCCUGUCUUCCAGUUUGGCCUUUAGCUGUAACACACGUCACCCUAGUUUUAAUAGUCCUUAGUUACUAUUUUGGAUAAUUCUAAGCACUUCGGAGUUAAACGAAAUUAUUCGGAGUUAAGCCUACGACCAACGAUGGACCUGCACAUCAAUACAAUAU